AUGCAAAUGGAUCGACGUCAUCUUCGGGUUAUCUUCUACGAGUGGAAGCAACGACAUACGACACUUCAGGCGACCGGCGACCUCAUCAAGGCGAGGGACCAUUACGGUCGUCAACCAAUCCCGCAAUUCCGACUAGAGAAACUUCUUUUUCGCCAACUUGUCACAUAUGGUACAUCCGUGCGUCAAAAUCGACGACGAUUCGCGCAGUCUCUUCGAGCGGUUCCCAAAUGCUCUGAUGCGAACGAUUUUUGCAUAGCUCAACAUUGCUAA